AUCCCCCCCUCUCGGCCUAUCCCCUCGCCUCGACUCACCGCCUCCUCGCGACUUCGCCCCGCCCCGCCGCCUUGCACCGAGCUCACACAACCCGCGGCGACGCGGCGUCGCCGCCGCUGCUUCCGGCGCAUCCUCGCCGCCGGUGAGCAACCCGCACGCCGCGCCUCCUCCUACUCAUCCCUCUGUACCCUUCGCCUUAAUCCUACCUUUCUCUUCUAGAUCCCGGAAGCUUUUCUCCCCUUGCCCUAACCCUAGUGCUAAUUCCCAGUUCGUUCCCCCAAAUCUGGGGUUUGGCUCGAGCCGCCAUGUCGCACGUGAGGUCCGCCUCCGAUAGGCACCGGGACAAGGAGAAGGAGAAGGAGAGGAGGGAGACGCACCGGAGGGAGGAGAAGGAUCACCACGGCAGCGGGAGGAGGGACAGGGACAGAGACAGGGAGAGUUAUAGAGAGAAGGAUAAAGAUGACAGGAGGGAGAAGGAGAAGGAGAAGGAGAAGGAGAGGGAUUCCGAGCGUGGCCGUGGCCGUGACCGUGAUCGAGGCAAGGACCGGGAUAGGGGUGAGGCAGAGCGGGACAAGGAGAGGGAGCGGAAGGACAGGGACAAGGAGAAGAGCCGCGGGAGGGACAAGAGCAAGGAGGAGAGGGAGGAUAAGGAUUACCGGGACAAGUCGAGAGGCAAGGACAGGGGAGACGACGGUGGAGAUUUGUCAAAGGGUGAAGAGGGGGAUCAGAAGAAGAGAGUUGAGGCCGCAGAGGAGGCCGAGAAACCGUCCACGACUGAGCUCAGGGAGCGCAUUGCUAGGUCAAAGGAGGAAAGACUGAAUGAUACAAAGCAAGGAGGAAUACUGGAUGAUAAUGGUGGUGAUGGUGAGAUAUUAUCGUGGGUGGGCAAGAGUCGUAAACUUGAUGAAAAAAGGCAAGCUGAAAAAGAGAAAGCAUUACAUCGUGCUCGAGCAUUGGAGGAACAGGAUAACAUUUUAGCUGAAAAUGAUGAGGAUGAUGACGAGGAGCAACAGGAGGAUAACCGAGUGGGAGAACACUUAUCUGGUGUGAAGGUUCUUCACGGACUUGAUAAAGUUUUGGAAGGUGGCGCAGUUGUCAUGACCCUAAAAGAUCAGAGCAUCCUGGCUGAUGGGGAUAUCAAUCAAGAGGCUGAUAUGCUUGAGAACAUUGAGAUUGGUGAGCAGAAGCAAAGGAACGAAGCUUACAAGGCCGCGAAGAAGAAAGGAACAUAUGAUGACAAGUUCAAUGAUGAUCCCUUGUCAAAGAAAUCUAUACUCUCACAAUAUGAUGACCCAAUGGAAGAUGAGGGAGUGACACUUGAUGAAGGUGGACGCUUCAGUGGUGAAGCUGAAAAGAAACUGGAAGAGCUCCGCAAAAGAAUUGAAGGUGGUUUUGUGCAGAAAAAGACAGAAGAUCUUACUUCCGCAGCAAAGAUGUCAUCAGACUAUUAUACUCCAGAUGAAAUGCUCCAGUUUAAGAAACCAAAGAAAAAGAAAUCCCUUAGGAAGAAAGAAAAGCUUGAUCUGGAUGCACUUGAGUCUGAAGCUAUUGCUGCUGGACUGGGGACAGGUGAUCUUGGGUCCAGAAAAGAUGCAAGACGACAGGCUGCUAGGGAGGAAGAGCAAAAGGCUGAUGCUGAAAAGAGAAACUAUGCGUAUCAAGCAGCCAUUGCAAAGGCUGAAGAGGCAUCAAAAGCAUUGCGCCCGGAGAAAAAUAUUUCUGGUAAACACGCUGAAUCUGAAGAACUAGUUUUUGGUGAAGAUUACGAAGAUUUGCAGAAAUCUCUGGAGCAAGCAAGGAAAUUAGCUCUAAGGAAACAGGAAGAGACUGCUGCAUCUGGUCCUCUGGCUGUAGCAGAACUGGCUACUGCAAGAAUAGGUCAAAAAGAUGCAGAUGCUGCCGAAGGAGAUGCACAACAAAAUAAGGUUGUUAUCACAGAGAUGGAAGAGUUUGUGUGGGGCCUACAGUUGAAUGAAGAGACUCGCAAACCAGAAGCAGAAGAUGUUUUUAUGGAUGAAGAUGAUGACAUGAUCAUGUCAGACACUGUGGCAAAAGAUGACAUGAGUGGGCUGGCCGUGGUCAAAGAGGAAACUAGCGUUGAAGUCCCAGUAAAGAAUGAAGAGGAAGAAGAGCUAAAACCAGAUGAGAUUGUACAUGAAGCUGCAGUUGGCAAGGGUUUGGCUGGUGCUUUGAAGUUUCUGAAGGAACGAGGAACCCUCAAUGAGGGCACAGAUUGGGGAGGCAGAACCACAGAUAAGAAGAAAAGCAAGCUUGCUGGUAUUGAGGAUGGACCAAAAGAUAUUCGCAUAGAAAGAAUUGAUGAAUUUGGUCGAGUGAUGACACCGAAGGAGGCAUUUCGGGAUCUUUCACACAAAUUCCAUGGCAAGGCACCUGGUAAAAUGAAGCAGGAACGGCGCCAAAAAAAGUAUCGGGAUGAGUUGAAAACCAAGCGAAUGAUAUCUUCUGACACACCAUUAAUGUCUGCGGAGAAGAUGAGAGAGGCUCAAGCUCUCAGCAAAACACCAUACCUUGUUUUAAGUGGCAAUGCAAAAUCAGGUCAAACGAGCGAUGCCAGUGGCUUUGCUACAGUGGAGAAAGAGCACCCUGGGAGUCUGACGCCCAUGCUUGGGGCCAAAAAGGUCGAGCACUUUCUGGGCAUCAAACGAAGCGCCCAGGGUGGAGGAUUGCCUCCACCACCUCCAAAGAAGCCAAAGAACUGAACCUGCAGUGGACUUGGCUGAGUAGAAAUCAGGUGUUUUUUAGUGCAUUUGCUACUGUAGGUUUGGAGCAGAUUUCGAGGGACCUACACCAGCAGAUACCAACGACCCAUGAAGCAGCCCCAAAUGAGUUAACAUGUAAGAACCUGUGAAUUUUUAUUCCAAGUUGAUUAUGUUAACAUUCUGACAUGGGCGAUGUAACUUUUGUAACCAGCUGUACUUACAAGGCUGCACCACAAAUGCAGUCAGAACUACAGAGGUGGAUUUAAAAUGUUGUCGUGUCUCCACAAAUCUACAUUGGUUGUUUAAGCUGGACAUACAAGUUACGAUUGCUGAGUGCUGACAAACUUUAUAGUGUUUUUCACGUACUCUGUCCCAUAAAAAACAAAUCUAGUAUAUGAUGUGAUACAUUCUAGUACCAUAAAUUUGGACAUGAGUAUUAAAAUGUGUAACAUUCUGCCUCCCAAAAACAUGUGUAACAUUCUGUACUAGAUUUGUUUUCUGGGACAGAAGGAGUAUGUUGGGGAAAGAGGGAGUACGUUGACAAACAAGCAUGUAGUAGUCAGGUACAUCAAAGGAGGCAAAGGCAAUGCACACCGUGAUGUUUGUUAGUCAUGUAGCACAUCGAAGGAGGUAAGGCAAUGCACUCUACGGCCGAGGUUUUCCUUUCAUUUGCUGCCAUUCUUGGAGUGUCCUGAAAGAUGCCAAAGUGUAUUACUAGCAUAAUUUGAGAUAGCUCCUGCGAGGCUCUGAAUC